CCGGCAAUUGCAAAUAUGCUGAACACCAAACUUCUUGUCCUCACCGUCGGUGUCCUUGCCGCGGUCACGAAGGCCGCGGGUACCUGUCCGUCUAUCGAAAACAACGUCGACUACAGUGGCGCCGAUGUCGGCAGCGCCCGAAGCUCGUCAGCGAAUGGAUGUUGCUCCAUUUGCUCCAGCACGAAUGGCUGCGGCGCGUUCACUUGGACCAACUACAACGGCGGUACGUGCUGGUUGAAGCAGUCCAAGGGCACUGGAAAGGCCAGUAGCGGCUCCAUCUCGGCCGUUCUCCAGACGUCGUCCUCGUCUGGAACCUGCCCUCCUCUGGAAAACAACGUCGACUACAGCGGUGCUGACGUCGGCAGUGUCCCCAGCUCGUCGGCCAACGGAUGCUGCUCGAUCUGCUCCAAGACGAACGGCUGCGGUGCGUUCACCUGGACAAACUACAACGGCGGUACGUGUUGGCUGAAGCAGUCCAAGGGCACCGUAAAGGCCAGCAGUGGCUCCAUCUCCGGUGUGGUGCAGUCGUCGUCCUCCUCAUCGGCCACCUGUCCGUCUCUGGAGAACAACGUCGACUACAGCGGCGCUGACGUCGGCAGUGCUCGCAGCGCCAACGCUAACGGGUGCUGCAACAUCUGCUCCAACAACAACGCCUGUGAGCUCCAAGGGCAGCGCCAAGUCCAGCCCCGGCUCCGUGUCAAGCAGCGUACAGAAGUCCACUCAGCCGUCGACUCCGACGUCGCCUUCGUCUGUCGACCCGGCCAACGCUCAGUACUCGCUGUCAGCCUUCGCUAUUGGUGA